GAAGCUCGCAGAAGGGCAGACCUCGAGCAGCAAUUUCACUGAACAGACGAAGCUUGCCGACGAGACAUAUCUCGGACUGUGAAGAGUGAUACCGCCACCAUGCCUGUCGACUACAGCAAGUGGGACGCGCUCGAGCUGAGCGACGACAGCGACAUCGAAGUGCACCCCAACGUCGACAAGCGUUCCUUCAUCCGCGCCAAGCAGAAUCAGAUUCACCAGCAACGUCUGGACCGAAAGCAUCGCAUCAACACCCUCAAGUACGAACGCGUCGUGAACGAUGGCCUACUCCUCCGGAUCGACGCCCUUCUCAAGGCCCUCAACAACCACAAGCAGGAGGUGCAGGACAAGAAAGACGCCGAGGGCAUCGAUGAGGCCGUAUUCGAUAGCUUGACCGAUGUCGUCGGCGACACAAGCCUUGGGGAGGACCACCCGCCUGGACCUCCCCCAGGGGUACAUUCCAAAGAAGAGCAGCCAAGCUAUAGUAAGAUGAUGGGCGCAUUGGUCGACCAGGUCAAGUCCGAGGUCGACAAGACCAAUACGCAAGGUGCCGGCAGGUACGAUGCAUACAUCCGUGAGAUCGAGGGACACAACGGCAAGGUCAAGGGAUUGCAAAAAGACCUCAAUGUGGAGCUAACGAAGUUGGAGAAAGAGGAAAGCAGCAAAAUCACCAGCGAGUCAAUACACACCGGCUUCGACACAUCACACGUUGCCAAAGCAAAGGCAGAGGAGGCACAAGCCGCCGCUAAGAAGACGGAAAAGAAGCCCGAGUUGCUGAACGCAGGCAGUGUGCAGCAAAUCGGUGGCCCAAAGUCAGGCUAUGAAGCAGGCGCAGAGGAUAAUUCGCUAAACCCUGCUCCUGGCGAGGAUGAGGAUGACAUUCAAGAAGCUGCACCCAUUGCGAAGAAAUUCGGUGCAAUCGCAUAUGGCGACUACAAGACUAGCUUGGCCUUCAUCUCGUCCAAUCCCAGCAUCAUGUCCGAAAAACACACCGAUGGUCUGCUUGUGGAAGCUUUCACAGCCCAGCAGAACGCCAAAUCCAAGAAGGAAGAAGACUAUGCGCGACAAUGCGUUCACCAGGCACUUUUGCUUCAAUACUGCCGCCAAUUGGGUAAAGACGGCGUUGGGUUGUUCUUCCAACGCGUGCAGACGCCGAAUCACCAAGCACGCAAACUCUUCCUGGAUGACGUGAACUCGACCUAUGCACGAAUCCGAUCGCGCACAGCCGAGCUGGCGAAGCAACAAGCGGAAGAGGACACUGGUGACAAGGAGCAGAUUCAACUUCAUGCUGUUGAUCCAAAUACCACAAUCAACAUCGUCACGCCGCCCCCGAUGGAUCAAUGUCAAACGGAGGAUGAGAAAGCCGCGAGGACGAUCUUUGAAAGUUUUCCACCAGGCUUACAGCGAGCGCUAGAAACAGGAAGUCUGGACAAAGUCAAUGAAGUAUUGGGCAAGAUGAGCGUGGAAGAAGCCGAGGAGGUGGUAGAGCUGCUGGGCAACGGCGGCAUGUUGAGCUUAGAGGAAGGAGUGAUCGAUGCAACCACCGACGAGGGCAAGAAGACCAUCGAGGAGAUUGAGCGGACGCAUAAGAUGCCGGGACAGCAACAGCAGCAGCAGCAGCAGCAGGACAGGGUGGUUGAAGUCGAAGACAUGGACUAAUAUGUAGACUUGUAGACGUCUUGCAGGAGCGCGCUUGCUAAUGUAUCACAACAAGCGCCAAGAACCUGCACGUUGACACAACAUGC